AUGGACCUCGGCGCCGGGCCGCCCUGCGCGUUCCUGCCGCCCGACCUGCCCAUCGAGGGGCUCAUGAUCUUCGUGCCGUCGCGCACUGCCAAGGGCGGCGUCGGCCUGUUCAUGGCCAUCGCGGAGUGCCACGUCGACGCGUUCGAGCAGAUCUGCCACUCCGUCGAUUGA